CACAGUUUAAUUUCCUGGUGGCGCUUUUAACUCUCACAUCUUAAAUUUCCUCUUAGAACAAGUUUAGCUUCGUCUCACUAAAAUUUUUUAAACACGCGGUAACACACCUCAUGGCAUCCUCUCUAGAAGACGAUCUCGCAUGCCCAGCAUGUUUAAAGGUUUAUCAGGAUCCUCAUGUCCUCUCCUGUGGACACAGUUUCUGCCGCGGUUGUGUCGGAUUUUACCACAAAGGAUUAUUUGUCUUUUACACAGAAGGGUGUCCCGUGUGUCAUCAAAAGAUACACCAACAACCUGUGACCAACCUGGUUCUAAGAAGCACCUGCAAUUCCUAUCAGAGGGAGAAAGAGAAGCCGAAAGAAGAGGACGAUGAUGACACAGGAAAUAAAUGUCUACUGCAUGGAGAGAAAAUCCUGUUUUUCUGCAAAAAUGAUAACCAGGCGAUAUGUUCUCGAUGCAGAAAACAGAGUCACAUGUUACACAAAGUUCAACUUCUGACACACACUGUGGCGCAGAGAAAGGACCAAAUUAAAGCAGCUCUCCGUCCAGCUGAGAAAGUUCUGGAGUCUUUACGAAAUGGUACAGCACUGGAGCACAAAGUCACCAAACACAUUGAGUCUCAGGCCAAGCAGACUGAGAUGCAGAUAAAGAAGGAGUUUGAGAAGCUUUAUCACUUCCUCAGAGUGGAGGAGGAGGCCAGGAGAGCUGCACUGAAGGAGGAAGAGAAGAAAAAGAAAGAAAAACUUGAAGAAUGGAUUGAACACCAGAUGCAGUCCCUGUCUGAUAGAGUGAUGGAGGUGGAAGAAGAGCUGGAGAAUGAUGAUGUCACAUUCCUAUCGAAUUAUGACCACAUUAUGACACGGGCCCAGGGCAAUCUGUCAGAUUCCCAGCUGAACUCAGGAUCUCUGAUCGAUGUGUCUAAACAUGUGGGAAAUCUAACGUUCAGAGUAUGGGAGAAGAUGAAAGAUCUCUGUCCUUACUACCCGGUAGUCCUUGACCCAAACUCCACCCAUAUCUCCGUGUCUGAUGAUCUGGUUGGUGUGAGCCAUCCUGUUCACAGGUUUUACUUCCCAAACCCCCUAAAGAACAACGUCAAACAUUUGGUUAUUGGUUCAGAGCCCCAAAAUGCCAUCUUCAACUGCUGGGAAGUGGAGGUAGGGAGCAGCAAGCACUGGACCCUUGGUGUGUGUCAACACUCAGCAGCUGAGAGAAACUUCACACCACCUUUGACCCCUCAAAAUGGGUUUUGGGGUCUUUGUAGAAAUGGAGAUUCCUGUUAUGUCUUGGGGUCCACACAACCUUCAAUUCAGGUAAAGAGACCUCUAAAAACAGUGCAGGUGAAGCUCAUUCAACGUAUUGAUCUCAAUAACUUUAGCUGGGUCCUGAGGUUUGUAGAUACUAGCAAUGCAUCAAAUAUAGCUCGUAUUCCUAUUGAAACCUUUAAGAGCGACCUUUUUCCUUUUCUGAUCCCAGAGGACAGGAAUGCUGUCCGUAUUGUUCCUGUAAAUGUGAACAUGACCAAGGUGGAGAAAUUUAACUUCUUAGAGAAGCUCAUGGACAUGAUUCCUUUAUAUGUACUUGUAAUCCUCAUGCUGGUUUGGGUGCUUUUGAUGAUGUUGAUAAUGAUGUUAGACAAAAUAAAGUAUUUGAGAGAGUGAAAAUCAGAAGAACAUUUAAAGAAGCAUCUUAUACUGUAGGAACAAAUGUAGAGAGUUUAACAAGUACGUAUAAGAUGAAUCGGCAUGAAAACCAGAGUUUAGUUCUUAUGAAAAGUAACAGAGACAGAGAAUACAGUAUGCGAAAUGAUGACACAGU